AUGGGGCCGAAUGAUCCAGACAACCCCAAGACUUGGUCGAAGGUAUAUCGGUGGUACGUCACAGCCCUCUCGGCGUUGCUCCUGCUCAAUGCAACGUUCGCGUCGUCCAUCCCGGAGGGCGCUGAGCCAAUGCUAGAGAACAAAUUCGGUUUCGGCAGGGAGGUUGCGACACUGACCAUCUCCCUCUUUGUGGCUGGCUACUGCGUGGGGCCUCUUGUAUGGGGACCCCUCUCCGAGUCGGUCGGGCGAAAGCCUGUGUUCGUAGUCACCUUCUUCGUCUAUACCGGAUUCCAGGUCGGCUGCGCACUGUCACAGACCACCGCGCAAAUCCUGGUUUUCCGCUUCUUGAGCGGCACCUUCGCCGCUGCACCUCUCGCCAAUAGCGGUGCCGUCAUCUCUGACAUGUGGGAUGCAGACAUUCGAGGGAAGGCUCUAGCAGUGUUCACGCUCGCUCCAUUUGCUGGACCGACGCUUGGACCCGUUUGCAGUGGAUUCAUGGCGAACGCUGGAGUCUCGUGGCGCUGGGUAUUCUGGCUGCUGACAUGCUUCGCGGGGACUGUGCUCAUAUUGGUCAUUUUGACCUUCCCCGAAACAUAUGCACCAGUGUUGCUUGUUCGUCGCGCGAAGAAGCUGCGGAAGGAGACUGGGGACAGCAGGUAUUGGGCUCCCUUGGAGAAGAAAGAUGGGACAGCGUUUCAGCGUCUCAAGAAAGUCCUCGCUCGACCAUUCGUCGUAUUGAUAUACGAACCCAUGCUUAUCGCAAUGACCUUAUACAUGAGUUUCAUCUACGGCUGCAUUUACCUCCUCUUCGAAGCAUACCCUGUCGUCUUCGCAGGUCUACAUGGUUUCGACGAGGGCUUCACCGGCCUCACCUUUCUCCCCGUCUUCAUCGGCGGCUGCUUCGGGGUCAUCCUCUACCUAGUAUACUUCAACCCGCGCUACGAGCGUAAGGUGAAGCAGUUCGCACCCAAUCCAGUGCCUCCAGAGUACCGCCUCGAGGUCUGCAUGGUCGCGGCACCUUUCUUCGCCGCCGCCUUCUUUUGGUUCGGCUGGACGUCCUUCCGCAGCGUCUCCUUCUGGGCGCCGAUGCUCGCUGGGCUCCCGCUCGGCGGGUCGAUCGUCUUCCUGUUCCUUGGCCUCUUCAACUACACGAUCGACGCGUACCUCUUCAUGGCCGCCUCUGCGCUAUCAGCGAUGACCGUCGUACGUUCUACGUUCGGUGCGGGCUUCCCGCUCUUCGCGUACCAAUUGUACAAUAAACUCGAUCCUCGGUGGGCGUCGACGCUGCUGGGCUUCAUCGCCACCGCGCUGGCGCCGAUUCCCUUCGUCCUCAGGGCUUAUGGCCACAAACUACGGCUUAAGAGCCGAUACUCGCCCACCGGAGACCUGCCGAUCAAACCACCUUCUGAUGGAGAAAAGCGUGCACAGGGUGUUGAGCCGUGA